CGUGCAGGGUGCGUCUUCCUUUGGUUGCGUAGCAGUACGGCGGCUCCAAAGGAGAGGGUGCCAAAGAAAGGAAAAUCUCAAAUUCUCCCUCGGUUGCAGACAUUAUUCCGCCUCUUCCACGUCUGAUUUUUCUUUAACAAGGAAGCAGCUUGCCAUGGAUCGUUAGCGAUGAGGAGUCUGCGUCUGGGGCCUAGGUGACCGACACACAUGGCUCAGUUUCCAACAGCUUUCGGAGGGGGUGCGGAUGCCUGGGUCAUCACUGUGGAGGAGCGGGCCAAACACGACCAGCAGUUCCACAGCCUGUCACCCAGUCCUGCGGGCUUCAUCACUGGUGACCAGGCUAAGAACUUCUUCCUGCAAUCCGGCCUGCCCCCACCAGUUCUGGCGCAGAUUUGGACUCUGGCAGACAUGAACAAUGACGGGAAGAUGGACAUCCAUGAGUUCUCCAUCGCGAUGAAGCUGAUCAAGCUGAAACUGCAGGGCCACAACUUGCCCCUAUCUCUGCCCCCUGCCAUGAAGCUGCCCCCUUACGGGAUACCAGGUGUGCCCACGAUGGCAGGUAUCCCAGGGGUGCCAGCCGUCCCCCUCGCCCCGCUCUCCGGACUGGGCAUGUCCCCCCCUCUCGUGUCAUCAAUUCCCGCACCCGCAGCGCCAAUAGCCAAUGGCACCCCUGCUAUGAUCCAGCCCCUACCUGGCUUCACACACUCAGCCGCUGCACUAAACCGAAGCUCCUCCGUCAGCCGCCCCAGCGCCAAGCUCCAGAAGGGGCUGUCUCUGGAGUCUGCCAGUGGCCCGACAGCGACCCCUACAGACUGGGCUGUGUCACAGUCCUCGCGACUGAAGUACCGCCAGCUUUUUAACAGCCAUGACAAAAUGAUGUGUGGCCAUCUGACAGGACCUCAAGCGCGAACCAUCCUGAUGCAGAGCAGUUUACCCCAAGCGCAGCUGGCUUCGAUAUGGAACCUUUCGGACAUUGACCAGGACGGAAAACUGACGGCAGAGGAGUUCAUCCUGGCCAUGCAUUUGAUUGACAUGGCCAUGUCAGGGCUGCCCCUUCCUCUGGUGCUGCCGCCGGACUUAAUCCCGCCCACCUUUCGGAGAGGGCGCUCUGGCAGCGGGAUCUCGGUAACCAGUGUGCAAAGUGCCGAACAGCGUGGGGCUGAGGAGCCAGAAGAGGAGGAGCAGCAGGGCACGGAGAAGAAGCUGCCAGUAACGUUUGAGGACAAGAAGCGGGAGAACUUUGAGCGCGGGAGCCUGGAGCUGGAGAAGCGUCGGCAGGCCCUGCUGGAGCAACAGCGCAAGGAGCAGGAGCGCCUGGCCGCUCUGGAGCGGCAGGAGCAGGAGCGGAAGGAGCGCGAGCGGCUGGAGCAGGAACGGCGGCGGCAGCAAGAGCUGGAGAAGCAGCUGGAGAAGCAGAGGGAGCUGGAGAGGCAGCGGGAGGAAGAGAGGCGGAAAGAGAUGGAGAGGAGGGAGGCAGCCAAGCGGGAACAGGAGCGCCAGCGGCAGCUGGAGUGGGAGCGAGCUCGCAGGCAGGAGCUGCUGACGCACCGAAACCGGCAGCAAGAGGACAUGGUCCUUCUCAAAGCCAGGAAGAAGACGUUGGAGUUUGAGCUGGAAGCACUGAACGACAAGAAGCAGCAGCUGGAGGGGAAACUGCAGGACAUCCGCUUCCGCCUGUCUGCCCAGAGGCAUGAGAUCGAGAGCACGAACAAGACCCGCGAGCUGCGCAUCGCUGAGAUCACGCACCUUCAACGCCAGCUCCAGGAGUCUCAGCAGUGGCUGAGCCAGCUGAUCCCCGAGAAGCAAAGCCUGAAUGACCAGCUGAAGCAGGUGCAGCAGAACAGCCUCCACAGGGACACCCUGGCGAGUCUGCGAAAAGCCCUGGAUGCGAAGGAGUCCACGCGGCAGCAGCUGAAGAGCCAGCUGGACGUGGUGGAGAAGGAGACGAGGGCCAAGAUGCAGGAGAUGGACGCCUUCAACACUCAGCUGAAGGCCCUCGGCCUUUUCUAUGAAGUAAACACGGCACGCAUUGAAGGCCUGCAUCUGGAGCUGCUGCAGCAGGACCAUAGGGGGAGCCAGGAGCUGAGGGAGGUGCACUGCAGUCAGCAGAGGCAGGUGGACCUGGAUCCAGAGGUCCAGCAGAAGGAACAGACCGAGGGGAAGCUUAAGGAUGGGGAGGCGGAGAAGGACGCCGCGGAGCCCCUGGGGGGCAGGCUGGACGCUGUGGGAGAACAGGCGCCUUGCGUGUGGCAGGAUGAAGGGGGGGACAAGGUCACCCCUCCCCCACAGCUGUGGAUGAAGCGGGUGGCAGAGGAUGAUGGGAGAAACAAGAGGGACGUGCAGGACAAACUCAACCAGCUGUUCAGCCAACAGCCGGAGGCCGGGAAGCCGCCAGCCCAAUCCGCCUGGCCCACGGCAGACAAAAUCCCAGUGACUGGCUUCAACCAGGACAAGGUGAAGGUGGUGUUCUACAGAGCCCUGUACCCCUUUGAGGCCCGUAGCCAUGACGAGAUCACCAUCCAGCCUGGAGACAUAGUCAUGGUGAGAGGGGAGUGGGUCGACGAAUCGCAGACUGGUGAGCCUGGCUGGCUGGGGGGGGAGCUCAACGGGAGGACUGGGUGGUUCCCUGCCAACUAUGCAGAAAAGAUGACAGACACAGAGGUCCCUGCUGCUCUUCGGUCUGGGGCUGCCAUGGGCUCCGCCCCCAAGCUGGCCACUCACACCACGCCCAGCAACGCCUCAGCCACGCCCACCCCCAUGCAGCCACCUCCCCCUGAGGCUAGGACCGCCCCGCCUCCAGUGACCUCCGCCGCCCCACCACCUCCGUCCUCUUCAUCGUCUUCCUCCUCCAACAACUGGGCGGACUUCAGCAGCACGUGGCCGUCGAACACGGUAGAAAAAGCUGAGGGGGAUGUUUGGGAAGCAUGGCCCCCCCAGCCUUCAUUGUCGGUGCCCAGCGGUGGACAACUGCGGCAGCGGUCUGCCUUUACCCCUGCCACCCUGACAGGAUCGUCACCCUCACCCGUGCUGGGCCAGGGCGAGAAGGUGGAGGGUCUCCAGGCGCAAGCUUUGUAUCCAUGGCGAGCCAAAAAGGACAACCACCUGAACUUCAACAAGAACGACGUGAUCACCGUGCUGGAGCAGCAGGACAUGUGGUGGUUCGGGGAGGUUCAGGGCCAGCGGGGCUGGUUCCCCAAGUCGUACGUCAAGCUGGUCUCGGGUCCCGUGCGCAAGUCGCUGAGCAUCGAGUCAGGUUCGUCUGAAAGCCCCCCGAGUAUCAAGAGGCCCACACCUUCCCCCAGCAAGCCCACAGAGUCUGGAGAAGAGUACAUAGCGAUGUACACAUAUGAGAGCAACGAGCAGGGCGACCUUACCUUCCAGCAGGGGGAUGUCAUCUUGGUAAUUAAGAAGGAGGGGGACUGGUGGACCGGUGCGACAGCAGGCAGGACUGGGGUCUUCCCCUCCAACUAUGUGAGGCCCCGGGACUCGGAGGCCCUGGGCUCUGCAGGGAAGACAGGGAGUUUGGGGAAGAAGCCAGAGAUUGCUCAGGUGAUUGCCCCCUACACCGCCACAGGGCCAGAGCAGUUAACCUUGGCUCCUGGACAGCUCAUCCUCAUCAGAAAGAAGAACCCAGGUGGCUGGUGGGAGGGGGAGCUACAGGCCCGAGGGAAGAAGCGACAGAUUGGCUGGUUUCCAGCCAAUUAUGUGAAGCUGCUGAGUCCGAGCACCAGCAAGACCACGCCCACAGAGCUUGUGCCGCCCAAACCGCAGGUGCCCAAUGCAGUGUGCCAGGUGAUUGGCAUGUACGACUACACGGCACAGAACGACGACGAGCUGCCCUUCUCUAAGGGCCAGGUCAUCAAUGUGCUCAGCAAGGACGACCCCGACUGGUGGAGGGGGGAGCUCAACGGCGCCAUGGGCCUCUUCCCCUCUAAUUACGUCAAGCUGACCACCGAAACGGACCCCAGCCAGCAGUGGUGUGCUGACCUGCAUCUCCUGGACAUGCUGACACCCACCGAGAGGAAACGGCAAGGCUAUACUCACGAGCUCAUCGUCACAGAGGAGAACUACGUCAGCGACCUUCAGCUGGUCACAGAGGUUUUCCAGAAGCCGAUGCAAGAAUCCGAGCUGCUGACGGAGAAGGAGGCCGCCAUGAUUUUCGUCAACUGGAAGGAGCUGAUCAUGUGUAACAUUAAGCUGCUGAAAGCUCUGCGGGUGAGGAAGAAGAUGUCGGGCGAGCGCAUGCCAGUCAAGGUGAUCGGGGAUAUUCUGACAGCCCAGCUGCCUCACAUGCAGCCCUAUAUCCGCUUCUGCAGCUGUCAGCUCAAUGGUGCUACCCUCCUGCAGCAGAAGACAGACGAGGUGCCCGACUUCAAGGAAUUUGUCAAGAGGCUGGCCAUGGACCCACGAUGCAAAGGCAUGCCACUGUCCAGCUUUCUUCUGAAGCCCAUGCAGAGAGUGACGCGCUACCCCCUGCUCAUCAGAAACAUUCUGGAAAACACGCCUGAGAGCCACCCAGACCACAGCCACCUGCGGCAGGCCCUGGAGAAAGCGGAGGAGCUGUGCUCGCAGGUCAAUGAGGGCGUCCGCGAGAAGGAGAACUCGGACCGCCUGGAGUGGAUCCAGACCCACGUGCAGUGCGAAGGGCUAUCCGAGCAACUGGUGUUCAAUUCAGUGACCAACUGCCUGGGACCUAGGAAGUUCCUGCACAGCGGAAAGCUCUACAAGGCCAAGAGCAAUAAAGAGCUGUACGGUUUUCUGUUCAACGACUUCCUGCUGCUCACCCAGAUCAUCAAGCCCCUGGGCUCCUCGGGGUCAGAAAAGGUCUUCAGCCCCAAGUCUCACCUGCAAUACAGGAUGUACAAGACAGUAAGUAGACAUCCCUGGGAGCUGAGGAGAUGUGAUGGCAUACAGACCCUCUGGCCUCUCUGUGCAGUAGUGAAGACUGAGUGACCUUCCAUCCAAUCCUUGGCAUAGUGCAUGCUUUGUUGUUGUCUAUACUCUGUGGUGUAAUGAACACUUCAUGUUUCUGCAUACUCUCAGAGAUCUUCUGUCUACCCUGUGGGAUAGUGUACACUUGGGUUCCCUAAGAAAAAAAAUCACAUAUUUUAAUACAUUUACAUUUACAUUUCAAUUUAGGUUUUAUGCAUGAAAUACUCGUGUGUGAAAUUUUCCAUUACGUUACAGUCUUACACCUAACAAUGUUUCAGUCAGUGAUGGACCACAUAUACGAUGGU